CUGAAAAUCCACAGAAAAGUGGUGUGUGCAUUUCACCACCUCAAAUCAGCACGCCCGAAGCCCUCGUUCGGAACGUCUCGGGCUGCGCUUUGAGUGCCCUGGUUUAGGGCUGGGAGGAGCGGCCGAACCCCCCAGGGGCCCGCCCUGCUGCUGUCCUCCCCAUUCAGCCCCUGGCCACGAGCCCUCUUGUGCCCCCACAGCCCCGAGCCCCCCUGGUCUCUGCGGAGCCUUCCUGAGGGAUGAGCCUGCAGCCGCUCGUUCUGCCGCUUCCAGGCUCUGCUUUUCCCGGCUCGGCUCGGGCAGAGCGGCGGAGUUUCUUGCCUCGCGUGGAAGUCUAGUUUUCCUCUGUCCUUUGGAAGAAAUUCUGCCUUACUGCAGUUGUGGUUGCGCUGGUGUUAGUGAAACAGAGCGUGGGUUUGAUUGUUAGACGACCAGUGAGCAAAGCGCGGUCAUGGCCAUUUCUCCUUCCUUUUGUUUUUGGCCUGAGUUUGGGUGUCCCUGCCUCAGGGCAGCGUAAAGAGCUUUGGGCUGUGAGAUCUGGGCGUGGCGCAGCCUCGCUGGCACACCUGGCCUGCCUCUCUGGACCAGUUUUCGUCUGUAAGCCCUGGAGACUGCUGCCCCGUGCGUGGGCAGGAGAGUGAGGUGACUUGGCUGGCCCCCGCGGUCACUCGCCAGUGCUUUCUGGAGUUCUGCGUGUGUCCCUGACCUGGUGCCGCAGCAGGACCAUGCCUGUCGGCCAGCAGGGCGGGCGGCGCUGGGCCAGUGCCGUCCCGAAGGGGCUCUGGGCUGGGCAGCCGCGUGCAGCUGUGAGAACAGCCCCUGUGCAGGCAUUCCCAGGCGGCGCGGCCGCAAGCUGCAGUGAAUUCGCAGUGUGCAGCAGUCAUCCCAGGGGCCCGUGAGUCCGGCGGUGAGUGAGGAAGUGGGGUGACGCUGUUCUGAUCUGCCCAGCUGCCCGUGUGACGCCGUGGUGUCCUCUUACGGUGUACCCAGCAGUCGGAGCUGGUCUGUUGGUGUCUAGUGCCUCGUUCUCUGCUGGUCUGAGUGCAAGCCAGGGUUAAUUGCUCUCGAUCCCUUGGAAACUAGCACAUUAUUUUUAAUAAAACGUGGUGGGCUUGAAGGAAAACACACACACCCCAGCAGUAGGGCUCAGCUGUGGCAGAGACCCCAGCCCCGGGUCACCCUGCCUGGACGGCUGCCGCCUCCUUGGGGGGCGGGGAGCGCUGUGUCUGGCCCCAGCCCUGUGUGCCCUCGUGGCCUGGAGAUACCGGUCGGGAGAGUGAGCUUUGCUUUGCCGCUGCCGCCCAGUGAGCCGGGACGCUGGGGCUGGACCCAAGCCCGCCUGCUGCCGGGCGGCCCCAGGGGGGCGGAGGACACUCCCUGCACCUCCCGUGUGGCCUCGGCCGGCUGCCUCUGCUGGGAACUAGUUCCCUGUCUGCAGAAUCCAAGUAUGAAAUCAUUGUAUGUUUCUCUUUAGAUCUAUUUGCUUUUCUGCUUCUAAAGAUUCCAUUUGAGCAGUGAGGCUUACUUGAGAAUAAGGGCACUUUGUUGGAUAAAAGUGAAGCAAACUUUUCUUCUGGCAGUAACGGAAAUAAAGUAAAUAUCACUAUAGCAUAGACCUGUGUUUCCAACUCAUUUUGCUCGACUUUUCCAGACUUCCUGAGUAAACACAGAUGGGUUUCCACUUAUUUUUCAGUUUUAUGUAGAAAGUUCUUUAGACUAUAAAUUCCACAUGCUACUUGAAGCUUUUAAUAUUUGCUUGAUUGUAUGCCAUUGGCAGGUCAAACCCGAGAUUUAGACAUUAUAAAGAUUUAGAAGGUGAUGAUGUGCAGUAACGUGUUUUCAUUUGGCUGUAUUUGGGUUUUUCCUGGUGGUGAUUCUAAAGGUUUUAAUUCACGUCUUGAUGAAGGUUUCUGGUAACUUGCUGUUGGGGGGUUGGAAAAGCCUUCAGUUUUUAAGUAGCAAAAUGAGGGCAAGGCCUGAGAAAGGAUUUGCGGUGGGAGCAGCUAUCCCAGGGAGCUCCUUGGGUUGUAAUAAAGGGGUAUCCAGAAGGUGGGGUGCAGAGCCCCGCACGCCCGGUGUCUCCCUGCCCGAGCGUGAGCCGGCUGUGGGGCUUCAGGAGGGCUGUACACUCCCGAGCUCGCUCUCCGAGUGGGGGAGUCUGAACAGGCCUGGAAUCCCACAUGCCUGAUCUCGCCGCCUGUCAGUGAAGGACUGCAGAGACCAAAAGAUGAGGGCGAAGGCUCAGCUGGGGCCCCGGAAGACGCUCGCUCCAGCAGCGGAGGCCUCGGGCGCCGCGGCGGGCGGGCGGGCGGCGGCUCUGCCUGCGGCUGGUGUUCUGAUGCCGACACUUCGGUGCUUCUUUCUGAAAAUGUCACGCAUUAGAAAACAGCGUUUCCCCUCUACGUGAAAGAUAAGUGAGUCAGAUCUCACUGGCCCCUUCUGUCAGAGUCUUCCCACGCUGCCGUCCGGCAGCGUGUCAACAGUCGCCCGCCCGCUCGCAGCCACGGCGGAGUGGCCGCCGGGCCUCCGCUGAUGUCAGCUAAUUGAGUUUUCCACGGAGGAAUGCCGCGGACUACAUUUUCCUGCUCUCGUGGUUUGAUGGUAUUUGGCCCUGGUAGACCGGUUUCAUUUGCACUAUUAAUCUUUAAAUAAGGAAGUUAUGCUUUUUAUUUUCUAAGUUUAUUACUAAACACAAAUUAAUCAGCACCAUUGAUUAUUGAAAUUCACCACUAGUAUUGCAGGGAUCGAUACUGUAAAAAGCAAAGCUCGCUCUUCAGAUCACCUGUCACGAGUGAGCGCCUCCUCGGAAGGCGAGCGCCAGCUGCCCUGGAGCCUCCGGUGUGACUUGGUCUGCAGCCUGCUGCUGCCGGCCCGCUGCCUGCCUGUUUUCCCCUCAGAAAAAGCCUCUCCCUUUGUUUACUUUCUGCGACAGCGUGUCAGCGACUGCGUGCUCUGGAGCAGCGACAGCGCGUCUGGCCACCUGUGUCUGCCCGGCCAGCGCCUGCAGCUGCGGGCUCUGAGCCCUCGCGGGCGGCCCUGGCCCUCUGGGACGCCGCGCGCAGCACCGCGCGGGCGUUCGUUUUCCACGCGUGCUGCAUUUGCAGGCCAGAUAGACGUGGGAAAUCCGCAGCUAUUGGGCGUGGUGAAACUGCAUUUCCCGUUGCGUCUGGCCUCGUCUUCCUCAGGGGCAUCGAGAGAUGCCGCGGGCGCGCCUUGCGGCCCAGAGGCCCUUGCCACGGUCCCGGGAGGCCCAUGCACGCACGUUCGUUUGCUUAGAUUGUAUUUUGACUCUUACAGCUGUGUAUUGUUUGUGUCCUAUCUUGUUUACCAAAACAAUCAUCAUAAAAAUAAAUAAGUAAAAAUAAAAAAUAAGUAAGAAUUAAAAGCUUUUUAAAGAAAUGAAGAGUGGGGGGUUUAAUGCCUUUGAUAGUGGGUCUCUAUUUUUUGUUGACCGUUGAGCCUCGGUGUUUCCCUACUGACCACACCUUCUCUGUCUGUCCCCGUCCCUCCUCUUUGCUAUCCCCAACUGGACGGGAACCGCAUGUCUCUCCAGGAGCUGGACGAGCUUUCCACGGCAGUGUGUCACGUAGGUGAAGUGAACACGGACUCGGUGCCACUCAAACUGGCUGAUGACCGCAUGGCGCUGGUCUCGGGCCUCAGCUCAGAUCCAGAAGCCGCGAUUGGCGUGACAAAACGGUCGCCCCCCAAAUGGGUGGAUGGAGUGGACGAAAUUCAGUACGAUGUUGGCCGGAUUAAGCAGAAGAUGAAGGAAUUAGCCAGUCUUCAUGACCAGCAUUUAAACAGACCCACCCUGGAUGACAGCAGUGAGCAGGAGCACGCCAUUGAGAUCACCACCCAAGAGAUCACUCAGGUGAGGAUGGACGCGGACCCCCGUGGGAGCGUGCAUCCCGGCGUGGCCCCCGGCAUGAAGACUCGAGAGGAAAGAUCCCAGCAUUUUUUUGACACAUCAGUACCACUGACGGACGAUGGCGACGAUAAUACUCUUUAUGACCGGGGCUUCACAGACGACCAGCUGGUCCUGCUGGAGCAGAACACGCUGCUGGUGGAAGAGCGGGAGCGCGAAAUUCGUCAGAUCGUGCAGUCCAUUUCCGACCUGAAUGAAAUAUUCAGGGACUUGGGAGCAGUGAUCGUGGAGCAGGGCACAGUCCUUGACAGAAUCGACUACAAUGUUGAGCAGUCCUGCAUCAAAACUGAAGAUGGCCUGAAGCAGCUUCACAAGGCAGAGCAGUACCAGAAGAAGAACCGGAAGAUGCUCGUGAUCUUAAUACUGUUUGUCCUCAUCGUCGUCCUCGUCGUCAUCCUCGUCGGCGUGAAGCACCGCUAGCGCGGGCGCAGGCCGGGGGGAGCGCCGAGGACCUGCCGGCCGCCCCGAGCUCCGGGCGGGCUGCGCGGGCGAGGACGUGGCUUCUCGGGCGAGGAGGCCGUCGAUGCCGGCUGCCGAGGUGUGUGCUCGUGUCGGAGGGGCAUCUUGACGUGACUUGGAAAUUUUUAAAGACCAUCUGGUGUACAAGAGACCUGGUACCAAAAAUGUAUGCUCAGAGGCAAAGCUGCCUCUCCAGCUUUCUCUCCGUGUUUUCCAGUGAAAACAGAGAAGUCCUCGAAGAAUUUAUAAUCCGUUCCCCAUUAACUUAAUUUAGCUUUUCCAUCACUGUUAAUGAUCAGAGUAACAAAGUGUGAAGAAUAAGGAGCCGUCAUUGAUGUUAAUUAACACUUAGAUGGGCCAGUGGAAACGGCUCCGUGAGCUUCAGUACUUCGGAGUGGAGUUUCCGCCUCUGUGAUUUGUGCACUUUCUCCUGUCAGCCAAAGGGGCUCCCAAGCAAAGCCACCCAAACUGAAAAGUUGGUGGUGGGAGCUACCGUCACUCAUGAAAGGGAGCCCGGCAGCGACCCGCCGCGCGGCCCCUGCUCGGCAUUACUAACACACUGACCGUCGAGCGGCCUGCCCCAGCCAGACCCAUUUAAUGAGCUGUGAAUGUACACAGAGGCCAUUCUGAAUGGGUCGCCCCAUUCAGGGUUAGUGAAUCCUGAAUUAUUAACCAAACAUCACUCCAUUAAGAGGAAAAUAUUCCACCGGUGGUUGGAUUUAUUGGCUCUUUCAUUGCCACUUAACGUGCCCAGAAAGCAGGCAUGUCCGGCCGCGGCUGGCACCCUGACCGGAAACCCCGCGUCUCUGUGAACCGGGUCCUGCAGUGGGGCGCUGAGGUCACGCUGAGGGUCAGCGUGCUGCCCGAGGGCGCCCGGGCUGGCGGCUCGUGGGGUGAUGGCGGUGACCUGGAAAACUCACUCACGUGUACCUGGCCUCGAGACAUCAGUGUAGUUCUGAUGAUUGCUGCAGUUUUCGAUGGCUUUGUCCCUAGUUUUCACCACCCUUAAGAAGUUUAAAAGGAGCGUGACCUCAUUAAAUAUGCUGCAUUUUACUUGGGUCAAUCACAUAAGACCUCUCCAGAACUGACUUUUAGGUGGUUUCCGAGAAUUUACACUCCAGGCCAGAGGUUGGGACUUCCAGCCCAACCGGGGCCGCCUUCCCUCCCCUGGGGCCAGGCCAGGGCCUGCAGUGCCCCAGUGCGGGAUUCCAGGUAGCUGGGGCGCCCCAGCGAACACGAGGGACACGCGGGAGUGAGCGCCAGUGGCCGCCCUGGCUGGGGGCUCGCGUGGGCUGGGGGGCCUGGGGCGUCCUUGCGUCCCAGCGGGUUUGGCCUCGUUGUGGGGUCCAAAGUGGGGCUCCUGCCUGUGGGGGCCGCCCUCCCUGGCGGCCCGUGCGCUGGUCAUGCUGGGUCCUUGUCCGGGCCUCUCACGCCUGGGGUCUCCCGCGGUGCUGAGGAGAGAGGCCCGUUGAGAAAGGGUCACAGCUUGUUCACAUUUAGUUUCAGGGAGGAGGGGCUGGGGUUGGUUUAGGGUGAAAUAAAGGGUCCAAUUAGGAGGGUUUCAAGGGUCCCGUGGGAUGGGGGGGCCCGUUCUGUGCAGCCCUCUGCUGCCGGGUCUGUGCCCCAAAUUGCAGGGUUUCUCUGAGUGCUAUUUUUCUCGAGCCUUCCUUUGGGGAGAGGCAGCCGCCCGGGGCGGUCGGAGAGAGCCGGCCGGUCACGUCCAGUGGCUCGGAGUGGCUCCCUGGACCUGCCAGCUGCCGUGCAGGGCUCCUCCUGGGGCCUGGGUGUCCUGGGUGGCUCUGACGAUGGGGCGGGGGAGAAAGGUGAAUGUUUCCUGUCAGACCCCCGAGGCUCCUGAUCUUUCUGGAGAUUGUAGCUGCAAUCUGCUGUCUCUGGCUUUAUUGAUGUAGGGUGGGGUGGGGGUGCUGGCUUCGCUGGCUGAGGCAGCGAGUGUCUCUAAUUUAACGGGUUUACUCUUUCCCCGCUAAUUGGGAGAAUUAUUUAUUUGUUUUGACACAAGUGCUUUCAGUGUUUUCCUCGCUAAUGGCUUCUAAAAGGGAAUAAAACCCUCCCAACCUCCUUGGUCAGAUAAGACUUUCUCUGGUGUGCCUGAAUAAAGCAAUCAGUGAAGCGCUUCUGCCCGCGGUGACGUUCCGUCCUCUUUUAUGACUAAUUGACUGUUGCUGGAAACUUUUUGUACAAUAAAGCGGCCGUGCCCAUGUGAAGGCCA